CCCCACCCCAAUUGCCAGUUGAAAAGUCUCUAUUUUGAAAAUUUAGAGAGUGAGUUAGCUAAAUGGAACAAUCUCUCAUUCAACUCCUUUACAAGUAAAUGCAUCAGAUAGCUGUCAUUGAUAGGCAGAACUUGAAAAGGGAUUUGAAGUUGAAGUUGUCUUCUUGAUUUUAAUUUGUGAAAUUGAUCACAUGGUAGUUUCUCUGGAAAUGACACUGCAAAUUCUAGUCUAUUUUCUGGUUGUUCUGAUUCAUGUUCUGUCAAUAGCAGCAUAUACUAAUCCUGUUGAUGCUGCUGUUUUAAAGUCUCUCAUGAAUUAUUGGUAUGGUCCUUCCGAUUGGAAUGGAGCAGAUCCCUGUGGGAGUAGUUGGGAAGGAGUUGGAUGCAGAGAUUCACGAGUGAUUUCUAUAACAUUGUCAAGUAUACGUUUGAAAGGUCAGCUAUCUGGAGACGUCUACGGAUUAUCUGAACUGGAGACUUUGGAUCUAUCAUAUAACAAAGAUUUGACAGGAUCUCUUCCUCAGUCUAUUGGAAGAUUGACAAAGCUAUCGAAUUUGAUCCUUGUUGGUUGUGGAUUUUCCGGAACAAUACCAGAAUCCAUAGGAGAUCUGAGGCGGCUGGCUUUUCUAUCUUUGAACUCUAACCAAUUUACUGGAAGAAUACCUGCUACCAUUGGCUAUCUGACAGAGCUUCAUUGGCUCGAUUUAUCUGACAAUCAGAUAGAAGGAAACAUUCCAGUCUCUAGUGGGAGCAACCCUGGUCUUGAUUUGCUUGUUAACACUGAACACUUUCACUUUGGGAAGAAUCAGCUAUCCGGUGAAAUUCCAGCUCGUCUUUUCCAUUCUAAUAUGACUCUGACACAUCUGCUAGUUGAGAAUAACAAAUUUACCGGGGUAAUCCCGGAUACAUUAGGAUUUGUCCAGACGAUGAAAAUGCUGGACAUGAGCAGUAAUGCAUUUAAUGCAUCAGAUUUUCCUUCAUGGAUCCCAAACCUGCACUCAUUAACAACAUUGGUAAUGGAAAAGACAGGGCUUCAGGGAUCAGUUCCAGCUAGCCUUUUCAGCCUACACCAGUUGCAGACAGUCAUCUUGAGGAACAACAAACUCAACGGCUCACUUGAUACUGGAACCACAUAUAGCAACCAGUUGAAGCUCAUUGAUGUGCAAAAUAAUCUUAUCGAAUCAUUUACUCAAAGGCCAGGGUAUCCCUUUCAGAUAAAGCUUGCAGGCAAUCCUUUCUGCAAUAAAAGAGGACAAGGGACAAAAACUUACUGUAUGGAAACUCAACAAACUGAGACAUACUCAACCCCACCAGAGAAUUGCUUGCCAACUGAGUGCAGCUCUAAUCAAGUUCCUAGUCCUACCUGUAAAUGUGCUUUUCCAUAUACAGGCAACCUAUUCUUCAGAGCUCCUUCCUUUUCAAACUUGGGAAAUAGAACUAUUUAUGAGACUCUCCAAAAGUCCUUGAUGCAAUCCUUCCAAAAUACUAAACUGCCCGUGGAAUCAGUUUCCCUCCGUAACCCAACAAAAAAUUUGGAUGACUACCUUGUAAUACAGCUGCAAGUUUUUCCAUCUAGCCAAGAUCGUUUCACUCGGACUGGAGUUUCUGGAAUAGGUUUUGUGCUUAGUAAUCAGACUUUCAAGCCCCCAUCGUCAUGUGGACCUUUCUUCUUCAUUGGUGACCCCUAUAAAUACUUUGUCGAGGCAUCCACAGGAUCAAAAAAAUCAAUUAGUACAGGCAUUAUUAUUGGAGCUACAGUUGGUGGUUCUGUCCUUGCAAUUUUAGCACUAAUCAUUGGUAUUUAUGCUUUCCGGCAAAAGAAAAGAGCUGAAGAUGCUGCAAAGAGGAGCGAUCCUUUUGCGUCCUGGGACUCAAAUAAACAUAGUGGUGCUGUUCCACAGCUGACAGGAGCUAGAUUUUUCUCAUUUGAGGAAAUAAAAAAAUGGACUAAUAAUUUUUCAGAAACCAAUGUUAUUGGUUGUGGUGGUUAUGGAAAGGUUUACAGAGGAAGUCUUCUGAAUGGAGAAUUGGUUGCAAUUAAAAGAGCUCUACAAGGGUCUAUGCAGGGUGCACAUGAGUUCAAAACUGAGAUAGAGCUUCUCUCAAGGGUUCAUCACAAGAAUGUCGUUGGCCUUGCUGGCUUUUGUUUCGAUCAAGCUGAACAGAUGCUUGUGUACGAGUACAUUCCUAAUGGCACCUUAAAAGACGGUCUUUCAGGUAAGACUGGGGUCAGGUUAGAUUGGAUGAGGAGAUUGAGGAUAGCCAUUGGAGCAGCCAGAGGUUUGCAGUAUUUGCAUGGCCAUGUCAAUCCCCCCAUUGUACACAGGGACAUCAAGUCCAACAAUAUUUUGCUAGCUGAUCACCUAAACGCAAAAGUUGCUGAUUUUGGCCUGUCCAAGCUUCUAGGUGAAAGGGGUCACAUUACCACUCAAGUCAAAGGAACAAUGGGAUACAUGGAUCCUGAAUAUUACAUGACAAACCAGUUGACAGAGAAGAGUGAUGUUUUUAGCUUUGGAGUGGUGCUGCUUGAGAUAGUCACAGGAAAAGUUCCUAUUGAUGAAGGAAGAUAUAUUGUCAAGGAAGUGAAGGAUGCAAUGGACAUGACAAAAGAUUUGUAUAACCUUCAUGAAAUUUUGGAUCCUGCAGUUUGUUCGGGUGCAACUCCUAGAAGCUUAGAGAAGUUUGUGGAUCUAGCACUCAAGUGUGUUGAAGAAAAAGGAGUCAAUAGACCUAAAAUGAGUGAAGUGGUGAAACAGAUUGAAUAUAUUAUGGAGAUCGAAGGCCUGAACCCCGAUGAUGAAUCUGCAUCUACUUCAGCAACCUAUGAAGGAGCAAACAAAGGCUUGAACCAUCCUUAUACUGAAAGUCUCUUUGUCUAUAGUGAAGCAUAAUUUUCUCAUCUUGUAUUUUUUCAAUUGGAUUACAAAAAAGCACAAAACAAAAGAAGAAAAGAAGGAAAAAUAGUCAGUAUAGGGUUGGUCGCUUGUACUUGAAUGAGAAGUAAAAUUGCCAUCAUUUUAGGGA